AUGAUCCCGGCGCACGACUUCACGGCCGCCAACCCCGCGCUGCAUGCGCGCCUGGUGUGGGGCGGCCGCGACGGCGUGUACACGGACGACUCGGACCUCGUCGCCGUGCUCGCGCACGCGGGCUGGUUCGUCCCGCCCAACGUCCAGCUGCUCAACUUGCAGCACGUCUGCGUCGCAGUCCGCCUCUUCAAGAAAGAGGGGGUGCGCUUCGAUUCGGUCGAGGGUGGGAGGGGCGUGUCGAGGGCAUGGUUGGGCCACAAGUAUGAGGGCUGUUGCAUGCGCGUUGAGACCGUUGAGUUGCAGUAUCUCGGGGAUGAUGUCAAGCGCGUGCCGCGACGGAAGUGGAGCAAGGGCCCGGCGGACGUACCGGGUUUGGUCCCGUUUGGGGCUGGGGGGAAGAAGAGGGCGAGGGGGGACGUCUUGCUGCUGUUUGAUUUGUGUAACGAUCCGUGUGCGAUGUACGAAUGUGGGAGGAUGGAGGGCGUCCAGUCCGAGGUCGAGGACAGGUUGGAGACCGAGGUCCUGUAUGUCGAGAAUGAGCACACCCGGUAUGAGGUGGCCAGGGUGUCGAAUGGCGUCAGGUUUGCACGCGUAAAGAAAUCCGUCAUUGAGAGGGGGAGAGUCGCGGGGAUCCUGAAGGAGAGCCAGAACGUCCCGUUGGGGGACACCGACAUAGAGGUUUUGCAUCCAUCGAAACAAGUGCCGUGGAGCACAUUGUAUUGGGACGCAGAGGGUGUCAAGCUCGGCAAAAAUCACUAUACCCUUUCGAAGAUGAUGUUUCGAACGAGGGAAGAUGCGAAGGAGCUUUGA